AUGCCUCUGGUCAAGAGAAACAUCAAGCCCCGACACCUGUGCCACGGUGCCCUGCCCGAGGGAAUUGGCAGUGAGCUGGAAUGUGUAACCAACAACACCCUGUCCGCCAUCAUCCGCCAACUCAGCAGUCUGAGUAAACAUGCAGAGAAUGUCUUCGGGGAACUUUUCAAUGAAGCCAACACCUUCUACGUGCGUGCAAACUCCCUGCAGGACCGCAUUGACCGCCUGGCCGUCAAAGUUACCCAGCUGGACUCCAGUGUAGAGGAGGUCUCUCUCCAGGACAUAAACAUGAGGAAGGCUUUCAAAAGCUCACUGGCCCAGGAUCAGCAGGUUUUGUCCAAGGGCAGCACGCCGAGCUCCGUGGGCGACAUGUACAACAGCAGCGACAGGCCUCCUCCGCUCAGCACCCUCACCGCCUACAGAGAGGAUUCCACUGACGCCAUGAAGUUCUACUCAGACCCACUGUACUUUUUUGACCUGUGGAAGGAGAAAAUGCUGCAGGACACUGAGCACAAGAGGAAAGAAAGGAGGAGGCAACGGGAGCAGAAGCGAUGUGUGGAAUGCAGCACCCUUCAGCGUGAGGUGAAGAAGGUGAGAAAGGCUCGGAACCGCAGGCAGGAGUGGAACAGGAUGGCUUUCGAUAAAGAGCUUCGUCCAGACCACCGCCAUCCGCAGACCCUACGGCGAGGGGCGUCAUCUGAGGGCUCCCUCUCCCCAGACGGCAGGCCUGACCUCCCCGGCUACCCCGUCCCUCCGCUGCCUGCCCACGCCGCUUGUAACUAUGCCAAGUCUCACGAUUACGUCCCUGGGAAUGCACAGCCCUCACCACCUGUGGAGCAUGAAUACCACAGCAUUGAUGUCAACUACAAGAGAGUAACCUAUGCCACGCCAGAGCCGCGCCCUGCAGACCGAACCAAUGGCACAAUACGUCCACCCGCAGAUUACAACUGUGCCCCUCCACCUCCUGCCUCGGGCGGCCUACCCAUCCCAUCGGCAUCAACAGCCUUUGGUUUUCCUCUGGGUGCACUGCCGCCGCAUAAUGGAGUUCCACACGUAGGCCCAGGCUUCCCGCUCCCGCCUGCGUUUGCUUCGGGGCCAAGCAUGCCGCCCCCCCCAGGUCCACCGCCUCUCCCUCCCCCGGCUGCACCCUCACACCUCCAGGGACACAGCAAAGGCUGCAGAGCUGGGGCUAAACCGGUGAGGGAUGCCAGAAGUGACCUGCUGUCCGCCAUUCGCAUGGGUAUCCAGCUGAAGAAAGUCCAGGAGCAGCAGGAGCAGCAGAACAAGCGGGAGCCUGUUGGGAACGACGUGGCCACCAUCUUGUCCCGACGCAUCGCGGUGGAGUACAGCGACUCAGAAGACGACUCCGAGCUGGACGAAAACGAGUGGUCGGACUGA